CUGUCAGUGUCAUUUUUGUUUAAAUUAUUGCUUUUUUGAAAAGCUGGAAAACUGAAAUGGAAAAACAUUUUUAAAACAAAUUAAAUUGAACUAUAUUUAUUGAAAUUCUCAAAAUGUUUGUACGGUCUCGACUAUUGUUUACAAGUGCUCUUCCGCUAAGGAAUGCUUUCAGAGCCGAUUUCCAGAAUGACUUUAGAUCUGUGUACAGCAUUAUUGCACGAAACAGAUCUACAUCUCCACUCAACACAAUUGUUAUGUUUGUCCCACAGCAAGAGGCAUGGAUUGUGGAAAGGAUGGGCAAAUUUCACAGAAUCUUGGACCCCGGAUUAAAUUUGCUAUGGCCAAUUGUAGACAAGAUUAAGUAUGUACAAAGUUUGAAGGAAAUUGCUAUUGAUGUGCCGAAGCAAAGUGCCAUCACAGCUGACAAUGUUACCCUCAGCAUUGAUGGGGUCUUGUACUUGCGCAUUGUAGAUCCUUAUCUUGCGUCAUACGGUGUAGAGGACCCCGAGUUUGCCAUCACGCAGCUGGCGCAGACCACCAUGAGGGCGGAGCUCGGGCAGAUCUCCCUGGACAAGGUGUUCCGCGAGCGGGAGUCCCUCAACAUCUCCAUGGUGGACACCAUCAACAAGGCCAGCGAGGCGUGGGGCAUCACGUGUUUGAGAUAUGAAAUACGUGAUAUAAAGCUGCCAGCCCGCGUGCAAGACGCCAUGCAGAUGCAAGUGGAAGCCGAGCGGCGCAAGCGAGCCGCCAUCCUCGAGUCUGAGGGCGUCCGAGCUGCCGACAUCAACGUGGCCGAGGGGAAGCGGCAGGCGCGGAUACUGGCCUCAGAGGCAGAGAAGCAGGAACAGAUCAACAAGGCGUCCGGAGAGGCGCAGGCCAUGCUGGCGGUGGCGCAGGCGCGCGCGCGCGGGCUCGAGGUCAUCGCCAGCUCGCUCGCACACCGGGAGAGCAAGUACGCGGCGUCCCUGACCCUGGCGGAGCAGUACGUGGGCGCGUUCAACAAACUAGCUCGCACCAACAACACGCUCAUACUGCCGGCCAACGCGGGCGACGUGUCCAACCUCGUCGCACAGGCCAUGUCGAUCUACUCGACCGUCUCCGCCCACAACACCUCCGACCACUCUCAACAGCCGGAGACAUCCGCGUCCAUCGACCCCCUCCUAAAACUGGACGCGCUCACUGAGAAAAGUUCCACUCUAGCCGGCUCGGCCGUCCCUAAAGACGACUUGGCCGAAUACUACUCUGAUGAUGAGGAAAGAGAGAAAGCGCUAGAGCAAAGGAAUAAAGAGAAAGCACACAAGCUUGAUAGAGAAACUUAGUUGGUAGUUUGAGUAAUUUACUGUUAAAUAUAAUAAAGUUGGUGAAGACAG